AUGGAGCAAACAGGUAGCAGGAAGCGGAAAGCGCCCGCCAUCGAGGGGGCGGCUGAGGGCGCGUCGUCUUCGCGGGGCUCGGCGGCGGCGGCGGCCGGGGAGGGCUCCCCAUUGCCGCCCAAGAAGCAGAGACUGCCGGCCUUGCGGCGAUCGCUGGUGCCCUGCCUGCUGGGCCGCGCGGUGGGCGCGCGGGGCCGCGCGGGGUCCCGGGGCUUCGAGGGCCGGCUGCGCGGCUACGCGGUGCAGAAGCUGCCUGAGCUGCUGCAGGAGCGCCCGCUGGCCCUGGGCACCCUCAACAAGGUGUUCGCGUCGCAGUGGCUGAGCACCAGGCAGGUGGUGUGCGGCACCAAGUGCAACACGCUCUUCGUGGUGGACGUGCAGUACGGCCACAUCACGCGCAUCCCGCUCCUGCAGGACCGGUUCCCUGAGCCGGCGCGGGCCCAGCCCGGCUGCGGCAUCCACGCCAUCGAGCUGAACCCCUCCAAGACGCUGCUGGCCACCGGGGGCGAGAACCCCAACAGCCUGGCCGUCUACCAGCUGCCCACCCUGGACCCCGUGUGCCUGGGCGACCGCCAGGGCCACAAGGACUGGAUCUUCGCCAUCGCCUGGCUGACUGACACCGUGGCCGUGAGCGGGUCCCGCGAUGGCACCGUGGCUUUGUGGAGGCUGGAUCCGCACGUGGUCCGUGGCAGCACCGCGUGGCACAGUGACGCGGGGCUCCCCGUGUACACCCACAUCCGCCCGAGGGAUGUGGACCCCAUCCCCAGGUCCAGCACUAACCCCGGUAACCAGAAGGUGCGGGCCCUGGCGUUCAGUGGCAAGAACCAGGAGCUGGGCGCAGUGUCCCUGGACGGCUACUUCCACCUGUGGAAAGCCUGCAGCACCCUGUCCAGGCUGCAGUCCGUCAAGCUGCCCUACUGCAGAGAGAACGUGUGCCUGACCUACUGCGACGACCUGUCCCUGUAUGCGGUGGGCUCCCAGGCCCAUGUCUCCUUUCUGGAUCCACGCCAGCGCCAGCAGAACAUCAGGCCCAUGAGCUCCAGAGAAGGGGGCACUGGUGUGCGCUCACUGAGCUUCUACCAGCACAUCAUCACCGUGGGCACAGGCCAUGGCUCCCUGCUCUUCUACGAUGUGCGUGCCCAGAAGUUCCUGGAGGAGAAGGCCUCUGUCAUCUUGGAUUCCUCCCAGGAGCCUACAGGGAGGAAGCUCAGGCUGACCUGUGGCAGAGGCUGGCUCAACCACGAUAACCAGUGGGUGAACUACUUGGGUGGCAUGAAUGAGUUCCCCAUUGCUCUCUACACCCACUGCUACAACUGGCCCGAGAUGAAGCUCUUUGUGGCGGGGGGGCCUCUCCCUGCAGGCCUCCACGGGAACUAUGCAGGCCUCUGGAGCUAA